GGGGAGGGGGCAAGAGCCUUUCCCCGCAGGCUUCCCUCCUGUUUCGCUCAGGGAGAGAGAGGGAGGAAGGUCAGAGCACCAUCCCUGCCUGGGCGCCCCAUGCACGUUUCCCUCCUAGGCUCCCGCUUUGGAGAGAAAUAAAGAGACAGGCGCUCUUGGCGCUCUUGGCUUUCCAAGGGUUAAAGUGAACUGAGCCAGAUUCCUAGAGAGGACAGGAAAUGGGGGGCGGGGUCCUCCGAAGUCUCCCUUCCUGUUGGGGCUGAGGAAGGAAGGAGGGAGCGCCUUUUGUCUCCGCCAAAGGCUGCAUCGGCGGCCCCUUCUGGGAUCUGGACUUCUUAGUGACAGACUUCUUAGGACUUCUUAAGACAGACACAAAUUGACAAAAGACACUUUGGAGCUCUUGGAGGCAUCCUGGGAGCAAGAUGGAGAAGGAAGACUCCACUGGCCCUGAAGUAGGAAGAGGCUCCCAUGCCAUCAAGACUGGGAGCAGUGGAGGAUUCUGGGAAAGAACCAUGCAGCAGGUCCUGGGAGAGGAGGACACCAUCAGCUCAGACGUGCAGCACCAGCAGUUUAGGCAGUUCUGUUACCAGGAGGCCAAGGGCCCCCGAGAGGUUUGCAGCUGUCUUCACCAUCUCUGCCGUCGGUGGCUGAAGCCAGAGCGACACACGAAGAAUCAGCUGCUGAACCUGGUGAUCCUGGAGCAGUUCUUGGCUGUCCUUCCACCGGAGAUGGCGAGCUGGGUGAGGGAAUGUGGAGCGGAGACCACUUCCCAGGCAGUGGCCCUGGCAGAAGGUUUCCUCCUAAGCCGGACAGAUGACAACAAGCAGGCGGAGCAGCAGGGAAAGGAUCCGUUUGCAGGAAUGGGCACUGAUCUCCCCAAGGCAGAGGAGACUCCAUCAGAUCCCAGAGAGAGGCCACUGGGAUUUUUAGCGCCUCUAAUUAAGACAGACAGAAAUUGGCAGAAGACGGAGUUCCUUCGGAGCUCUUGGAGGCAUCCUGGGAGCAAGAUGGAGAAGGAAGACUCCACUGGCCCUGAAGUAGGAAGAGACUCCCAUGCCAUCAAGACUGGGAGCAGUGGAGGAUUCUGGGAAAGAACCAUGCAGCAGGUCCUGGGAGAGGAGGACACCCACAGCUCAGAUGUGCCACACCAGCAGUUCAGGCAGUUCUGCUACCAGGAGGCCAAGGGCCCCCGAGAUGUUUGCAGCCGACUCCACCAUCUCUGCCGUCAGUGGCUGAAGCCAGAAAGGCACACGAAAGCUCAGAUGCUGGACCUGGUGAUCCUGGAGCAGUUCCUGGCUGUCCUUCCACGGGAGAUGGAGUGCUGGGUGAGGGAAUGUGGAGCGGAGACCAGUUCCCAGGCGGUGGCCCUGGCCGAAGGUUUCCUCCUGAGCUGGGCAGAAGACGAGAAGCAGGCAGAGCAGCAGGGAAAGGAUCCGUUGGCAGAAAUGGGCACUGAUCUCCCCAAGGCAGAGGAGACUCCAUCAGAUCCCAGAGAGAGGCCACUGGGUGAUGAAAUGAGGCCAAGACCUCCUCAGCCAUCUCUCCUUUGUGGCGGAGGGAAAGUAGCUGCUGUGACACUGGAACAGGGACCCUUGUCCUUUGAGGACGUGGCUGUGUAUUUCACGGAGGAGGAGUGGGCGCGGCUGGAUCCUGACCAGAGGACUCUGCAUAACGAAGUCAUGGCGGAGAACUGUGGGAUCAUGGCCUCUCUUGAAGGUGAUAAACUGGAAACCAAGAAUGAGGGAGACUGUGACAGAAGUGACUCAGUAGAGAAACCAUGUAAAUAUUUAGAGUGUGGAAAUGGACUCAGUCAGGACCCCCAUCUCACUUCCCAUCAAAGAAUUCACAGCAUAAAGAAACAAUUUCAAUGCUUGGAAUGUGGAAAGAGCUUCACACAGAGGUCCAGUCUCACUUCCCAUGAAAGAAUUCACAGAGGGGAUAAACCAUAUCACUGUUCACAAUGUGGAAAAUGCUUCAGUCAGAGAUCCAAUCUCACUUCCCAUCAAAGAAUUCACAGCAUAAAGAAACCAUAUCAGUGCUUGGAAUGUGGAAAGAGCUUCUGCCGGAAGAAAAGUUUCACUUCACAUCAAAGAAUUCACAGUGGGGAGAAACCUUAUCAAUGCUUAGAAUGUGGAAAGAGUUUUAAUACAAGGGCAAACUUCCACAGGCAUCAAAGUAUUCACAGUGGGGAGAAACCAUAUCAGUGCCAGGAGUGUGGGAAGUGCUUCCGUCUGAAUGAAGGUCUCGCUUCCCAUCAAAGAAUUCACCGUGGGGAGAAACCACAUCAGUGCCAGGAGUGUGGGAAGUGCUUCAGUCGGAAUGAAAAUCUCACUUCCCAUCAAAGAAUUCACAGUGGGGAGAAACCAUAUCAAUGCUUGGAAUGUGGAAAGAGCUUCAGCGGGAAGGCAAAUCUGACUUCACAUCAAAGAAUUCAUACAGGGGAGAAACCAUAUCAAUGCUUGGAAUGUGGAAAGAAUUUUAAUACAAGCGCAAAUUUCUGUCGUCAUCAAAGAAUUCACGGGGAGAAACCAUAUCAAUGUUCGGAAUGUGGAAAGAGCUUCCGUCAGAGCUCCAAUCUCACGUCCCAUGAAAGAACUCACAGCAGGGAGAAAUUAUAUCAGUGCUUGGAAUGUGGAAAGAGCUUCACUCAGAGCUCCACUCUCGCUUCCCAUGAAAGAAUUCACAGAGGGAAUAAACCAUAUCAGUGCUCACAAUGUGGAAAAUGCUUCAGUCAGAGUUCCAAUCUCAGUUCCCAUCAAAGAAUUCAUACAGGGGAAAAACCAUAUCAGUGCUUUGAAUGUGGAAAAUGCUUCAGUCAAAGCCACCAUCUCACUUCCCAUCAAAGAGUUCACAGCGGGGAGAAACCAUAUCAAUGCUGGGAAUGUGGAAAGAGGUUCACUCGGAGCUCCAAUCUUACUUCCCAUCAAAGAAUUCACAGUGGGGAGGAACCAUAUCAAUGCUUGGAAUGUGGAAACAGCUUUAAUUCCAAGAGAGGUCUCAGUUCCCAUCAAAGAAUUCACAGUGAGAAGAAAUCAUAUCAAUGUUUGGAAUGUGGAAAAAGCUUCAGCUGGAAAGAAAGUCUUACUUCACAUCAAAGAAUUCAUACAGGGGAGAAACCAUAUCAAUGCUUGGAAUGUGGAAAGAGUUUUAAUGCAAGCACAAAUUUCCGUCGUCAUCAAAGAAUUCACAGUGGGGAGAAACCAUAUCAAUGUUUGGAAUGUGGAAAGAGGUUUAAUACAAGCACAAACUUCCACAGUCAUCAAAGUAUUCACCGUGGGGAGAAACCAUAUCAGUGCCAGGAGUGUGGGAAGUGCUUCAGUCGGAAUGAAAGUCUCACUUCCCAUCAAAGAACUCACAGUGGGGAGAAGCCACAUCAAUGUUCGGAAUGUGGAAAGAGCUUCAGUCAGAGCUCCAAUCUCACUUCCCAUCAAAGAACUCACAGCAGGGAGAAACCAUAUGAAUGGUUGUUUAAGAUGGAAUUCAAUUUUAGGGGACUUUAAUUAAAAUGCAUGAGAGAAUUCCAGCAAUGGUCUUGUAAUUUGGCAACUGUGCAGUGAAGUUGACCUUGUUCCUCAAAGCUGUGGAGCACACACUCGACACUCUUGAUGACCAAAAUUUCCUUCCGCAGAUCUCCACAAUACAAGUCACUGCUCAGUGAGUUGAAUAGUUUCUUCAGAUCCGCUUCUGGGGAGGGGAUAGAGAGUGGUCUGGCAACAUAAGUUGACAAGCAACUCACGCACUUCAAUGCAAACAGCCUCCACAUCUCAGGUAUCAGUCAUGAACUUGUGGUGCUCCUGACUGUGAUUGUCAUCCCCAUCUUGUCUAGGCAUCAGCUUAAAUCUGUUCCUGGUAUGCUGAAUCCACACAAGAUAUCUGCCAGAAAAGACACAAGUUUCAGGUUUUUGCGAUAACGAAAUUGGCUGCAAGAUUUCUGAAAAUGUUUAAUAAAACUAUUAAUGUUUUUUCUUCAAUUUAGCCUUUCAAAAUUGGGCGUACACAUUAUAUUCGGGCAGAUAUUGUUAUUAUCGUAAUGAUGAUAUUGUGUGUUGUAUUGGUAUUUUAAUUUUGAACAUUAGUCAGAGAGUAAUAUUGUAGUGAUCCAGAAAUGUUAUAAUAAAAACAAAGAAAGCCUCAAGCAAAU